AUGAUUGCUCUCUUGUCUGUUGGGCUGGCUAUCAUUCUUCUCUUCGCCGUGCUGUUUGUGUGGGGUGUGUUUGCCGUUCGACAACGUCUUCUGCUGCCCUUCACCACACUCUCCUGCUUUCUCCUGUUCGCUGUCGUCGGGACUCUAAUUGCCACCAUGGUGACAAGCGCUGAUGAGUUCAAUGCUGCAGUAUCGAAAGCCGACGGAACCAGUGGUGCUACCGUAGCGGAUCUCGUGAUAUUCAGGGUCGUCCUCGGUGUCGCGGCUCUUGUGCUUGCCAUUGAACUGUACGCAUACAUUCGACUGUUCCUGCAUAUAAGGGCAGUGAGUCGCACGUUAUCGCGAUGA